UCAUUUGGCUGACAUGUCAAGUCAAAUCAACAGCUGAUUAAUAAACCGUGGAACGCGAUGGAAAUGCGGGUUUUCUCUCGAAAAUUGUUUUGGUUUUAAUGUUAUAUCAUAAAAAAUGGAUGUGGUUGGACUUUUGAAUAAUAUCAAUGAUAAGUCAGAUAUGUUUGCAGUGAAAACUUGGACUUCAGAAUGGUCCGACAAUUUUCAAGAGAAUCAGUUACUAUAUUCAUUCUGCGGAUGUCUCCUGGUGUCAGUUCUAGUCGUGUGUUUCUACUACUAUAGAAGAUGGCGUGCCAAAGAAAUGCUACUAGGCGCUGGUGCAGUUGGCGGUGCGGGCGAACCAGCGAAACGUUUCAGAAAACGGGACAAGAUGUUGUUCUACGGCAGGCGGAUGCUACGCAAAGUCAAGUCUAUAUCCAAUUCGGGCCAGGGUCGAAAACGAAGGGCCGUAAUGCGGUUCGCAAGGAAAUUGCUACAGUUGAAGAAGGAGGCGGCUCCUGAACAGCUUAAAGUCUUAGAGCCACCGGCGGAGUACCUUGAGGAAGACCUGACGAGCGACGACAGGGUGCCUCCUGAUGCUCUGUAUAUGUUACACAGCAUACGAGUGUUCGGACAUUUCGAGAAACCAGUGUUUCUCAUGCUGUGUAAGCAUACGGAGAUUCUGAAUCUACCGGCUGGCGCUUUUCUUUUCAAAGUUGGUGACACUGACGAAAACGUUUACGUCGUACAGACUGGUCGCGUUAACGUAUACAUCACUAACCAGGACGGUAGUAGUCUGUCACUGAAGGUGGUGCGAGCGGGCGAGAGUGUGACGUCACUGCUCAGCUUCACUGACGUGCUAACGGGUCACUCACAACCAUACAAAACGGUCAAUGCCAAAGCGUUGGAAGACUCCCAAGUGAUCAAGCUACCAAUGAGGGCGUUUCAAGAAGUUUUCAAGGAGUACCCCGACAUAUUCGUCAGGGUAAUUCAGAUUAUAAUGGUGCGUUUACAACGGGUCACGUUCACAGCACUGCAUCAGUACUUGGGACUUAGCGCCGAGUUGGUUAAUCCAGGACGUGAGAAACGUCGUCCGACCACAGUGGCGUCAUCUCCCGGCAAAAUGCCGAGAACUGCAACAGUCGACAGCAGCACCACGAUGCAUUCGCCUCACCACGCCGAGAGAACUGUGCCUGAACAUGUGCAUGCGUCAGAGACUGGCCACCAAGUGUCAUCGCCCAUUAACAUCCAGGGGAGGCGGCAGAGGCCCGAUAUGGUGCCGGACAUAACGUCUAAUACACCUCAGCAGCAGCCUGAUGUUCAGCCAACGUCGUCUCUUCAAAGGUCUAAGGAAGGAUCUUCGUUCAAGAAACGAGACGCCAAUGAGAAUCUUGACGAACAGGCUCUAAUACAAAUUGCAACGGAGGCGUUUGUCAAAGAAUUGGGUCUGGAGAGUGACAAUUUACUCUGUGGACACGUACAAGUGAGAGAUUUGCCCGCUGGGACCUACAUCAUGAAGGAAGAGAGUCACAAGGACGUGGCAUUGGUGUACCUUCUAUCUGGAGCAUUGUUGGUGUCGCAGAAAGUGGCCGAAGGUGACGGCGAGGUACACAUGUUCACAGCCUAUCCCGGCGAAGUGGAAGGAGGUUUAGCUGUGAUAACCGGCGAGCCAAGUUUCUUCUCAAUACGCGCUAAACAUUUCUCGCGCAUCGGUCUCCUUUCAAAAACUACAGUGUACAGCAUAAUGAGAGACCGUCCCUCGGUGGUGCUGCACAUCGCCAAUACCGUGGUGAGGAGGUUGUCGCCGUUCGUGAGACAGGUCGACUUCGCUUUGGACUGGGUGUUCCUCGAAUCCGGUCGAGCCGUUUACCGUCAGGACGAGGAGUCCGGAUCCACAUUUAUAGUUCUGAGCGGCCGGCUGCGGUCGGUCAUCACGCAUCCCAACGGGAAGAAGGAGCUGGUCGGCGAGUACGGGAAAGGUGAUCUUGUUGGAAUCGUCGAGAUGGUGACCCAGACUCGUCGCAGCACAACAGUAAUGGCGGUCAGAGAUUCAGAGCUGGCGAAGCUUCCAGAAGGGUUGUUCAACGCGAUCAAACUGCGGUUCCCCGUCGUCGUCACGAGGCUUAUCAACUUGCUGGGACAUAGGAUUUUAGGUUCCUGGCAAAAGCCCACAGCUGGGCUAGGCGCGGCGACCAUAGAGUCUAGACCUUCGCAGCACAACUUCUCCACGGUGGCCGUGGUGCCUGUGAGCGACGAUGUUCCCUUGACCGCCUUUACGUAUGAGCUGUACCAUUCGCUGUGUGCCAUCGGUCCGACAGUGCGUCUUACUUCGGACGUGAUUCGGAAGUUACUCGGUUUGACUAUAAUGGACCCGAACAACGAAUAUAGGCUCAGUUCGUGGCUUGCACAACAAGAGGAUAAGCACAAGGUGGCUCUCUACCAGUGCGACCCGAGUUUGACUCAGUGGACUCAGCGUUGUAUUCGGCAAGCUGACUGCAUAUUGAUAGUCGCUUUGGGCGACAAGCAGCCCAGCAUUGGCAAAAUAGAGAAAGAAAUCGAACGACUAGCCAUUCGUACCCAGAAGGAACUGGUGUUACUCCAUCGGGAAGGCGGCCCGAACCCCUCGGGAACUGUCCACUGGCUGAACAUGAGGAGCUGGGUCAGCCAGCACCAUCACGUGAGGUGUCCACAUCGGAUGUUUACGAGGAAGAGUCAGUACAGGAUUAGCGAACUAUACAGCAAAGUGUUGAUGUCGGAAGCGAACGUCCAUUCAGACUUCUCUCGCCUCGCUCGCUGGCUCACCGGCACCUCCGUGGGGCUCGUGCUCGGCGGCGGGGGAGCACGCGGCGCCGCGCACGUGGGAAUGAUACGCGCCAUACAGGAGGCAGGCAUACCAAUAGACAUGGUGGGUGGUGUUAGCAUUGGAGCAUUCAUGGGGGCGCUGUGGUGUAUGGAGAGGAACAUCACUACGGUCACGCAGAAAGCUAGGGAAUGGUCGCAGAAAAUGACACAAUGGGGCAAACAACUUCUAGACCUGACAUACCCGGCGACGUCAAUGUUCUCCGGCCGCCAUUUCAAUGCGACCAUUCACUCUACAUUCGGCGACGUACACAUUGAAGAUCUAUGGCUGCCAUACUUUACGGUCACCACUGAUAUCAGUUCCAGUUGUAUGAGAAUACACCGACACGGUUCUCUAUGGCGCUACAUACGCGCUUCCAUGUCCCUGAGCGGGUAUAUGCCGCCGCUGUGCGACCCCCUAGACGGCCACCUCCUAUUGGACGGCGGUUACGUCAACAACCUGCCAGCUGAUGUGAUGAGAUCGUUAGGCGCUAAACAUAUCCUGGCGAUCGACGUUGGCUCCCAAGACGAUGUGGACUUGACCAAUUAUGGUGACGACCUGUCCGGCUGGUGGCUCCUAUGGAAAAGAUGGAACCCCUUCACGACUCCUGUCAAAGUACCCAAUUUGCCUGAUAUACAGAGUCGACUGGCCUACGUGUCCUGUAAUAGGCAGUUAGAGGAAGUGAAAAACUCGGACUAUUGCGAGUACAUCCGCCCGCCAAUCGACGCGUACAAGACUUUACAAUUCGGCUCGUUCGACGAGAUACGUGAAGUUGGCUACAGACACGGCGCUGCCUACUUCGAGGGGCAACGUCGCGGCGGCGGCGGGGGCGUCAGUGGCGCCGCUACUGAGGGAAGGAAACCUGACGCUCAGCCGUCAUUGACUGAUUACACAUUCACGGACCUAGCUCAGAUGGUCUGUUCGGUCCGCACCGGUCACGAUAUGGACGAUUCUCCUUCAUCUUCCGACUAUGAGGAGGACCAGAGACACUUCGAGGGGUACGCCUCGGAGCCCAGUGCUGGGAUACUAGAGAUGUCUUCCAGCGUUGAGGACGGCGCGGCGUGGAUCAGCGACACAGAACUGGUGCGGAACACGUACUGAGUGCACGAGUAGUUUGGGUUUCUCACGGAAGGCCUGCGCACACGCCGCGUAGGUGGCUCCCUCUCGUUGUCCGAAGACGAAAUCGACUCUGAAGCGGAGCUUUACGACCCGUUAAACAAGAGGGGCGGCAGGUGAGACCCAACUUUGCACGACCUGUGCAAAGCCCUGUACGAGUACGUACUUACUGAGAGUUGCAGCGAUUAAUGUAUAUAUAUAUAUAGUUUAAAAGAGAAUGUUGAUAGUCAUUUGGUGGAAAAAAACGCAACUUCGCCAAAUUAUCUAGGUUAGGUAGUAAGAUCAUGAGCUCUGACUAACUGCAAACGGGAACACAUUAGGAUGAUGAAUAUUUGUAAUCUGGAGCACAAAAAUAUGAACAGGAUAAAAGGUAACAAGGUCAUAGGGGUGUCAGGUUUAUCUGUUAACUUUUUACAAGUAAAAGAAAGACAAUGUUAAAAUGUACUGCCAAAGAUUACCCGGUGGUGUUAGAACAAUCUUUUUACAAUUGAAAAAUAGGCUUCGAGUCAAAAGUACUAGGAAAGAGUAAAUGUUAGUGCAAUUCCAACUUUGGCAUAAUAUGUGUAUUUGGCAUAGUGGUACAUUGGUAUUUUGUACCUUUUGAAUCUCAAACAAACAGUUCAACAUGUUGAUUGAACUAAUUUUUAAAUAGCAAAAAAUAUUGGAAUAACCCUUAUCUUAAUAGGAUUCUAACAAAUUAUGACAAAGGCGGUCAGUUUUUGUAAAUUUUAUAGUCAGUAUAUAAUUAAUUAUACGUAGUAAUUAAAGUAAAGGAGACUAAUAUUUCCAUUAUUAUUUCAUGCCAACUAUUAUUUAUAUUUUAUUUCAUCUAGAUAGCGAACACAAUGCAAAAUAAUUUUAAUAAUGUCAUUCACAAAUAUUAUUCGUUAGUUUUUUUAUUGUAUUUUCUAUGUGUGUGUGUAGUGUAUAUUCAAUAUGCUGUGAUUAAAGUGAAAUUAAUAUUGUACAAGUAUAAUUAUAACUGAAAACAAUUCAUACAUUCAAGUUAAUAUUUUGAGCGUGGAAAGUUGCGGGAAUGAACAGCACAGAAAACUAUAACAAUUCAGGCAAAAAUCGAGAUUAUUUUUAUUACAGUUGGUGCUUUUCCCUCCUUUGUUUAUUUCUACCAACAUGCGAUAAUAUUGAAAGUCAUUUCUGAUAGAAAUCAAACUACAAUGGCACAUUGAACGGGAUACCGUAAAGGUAUGGGAUUAUUUACAUAAAAAAAUAUGUGUGUGUAAAAUUUACAGUGAAUUCAAAUAAGUAAUUAAGCUUUGUUUAGAUUCAGUCGAAAAUAGGUGAUAUUAGCCAAUAAAUAUAUAUAAUUCUACAUUAUAUUACACAUUAUAUUCGUCAUUGUGUGUACUUACUAUAGGUAAUUAGAUUUAGAAAACAUCAAUGCAACUAUUUUAAUAAUAUUAUUUUUAAGAGUUAUUUAAAUGCCUUAUUUGUAUGUAUGGAAUGUUCUAGUACGUCAGACAUUAUGUAUAGCCAGCCUUAUUUAAUUCAUACUUUUAAGAAGGGAUGUGAAUAAAAAUGUUAAUUUUAAUGAAUGAAACAAGAUGUUACAGUUAGAGAAAAUUACUGAGUCGAGUUUUUCAUAUUUUUGACCUCUAUGUUGAAAUGAUCGUUUUUUUUUGUGUUGGCAAAGAAAACAUAUGUACUUUUUAUAUGAGAAUGUGUAUGCACGACUGAUUAUAUAGCUUUAAUCUAAGGCUGCCAAUAAGGCACAAAAUGUAAACCAAACGUUAGCUCAAUUAGUAUAAUGUAUUUUGAUUAAUUUCAACCAAUAAAAUAUAU